AUUCUGAUUCUUGAAUCAGGGUACAGAUGCAUUAACUAAGAAGAAGAAACCGAAUCGAUAAUUAUAGUCACAGGUGGGAACUGGGAAUAAAACUACCAUAGCAUCAUCCAACGAAAGAGGAGAGCAAAUUUUUUGAGGCUGUAACAUGCAAUCAAUUCCAUCUAUUCAAAUUCAGAUUGAACCCAUUUUUUGAGGUGGGAACUGGGAAUGAAACCACCAUAACUGAACGAGUUUAAAUGGUCCAUGAAGGAGUUCAAAACUGACCUCUUGGACCCAACACCCAACCCCCUCCUGGACCCAACACCCAGACCCAACACCUAGCCAACUGAACUGACCAUCAAAGGGACAUUCGAACCGGACGGCUGCUUCAUCAUUUUAAUCUCCCUAUCUAGCCGAGAACAAACGACUGUUUCCGAGUCCAAGAAGAUGAUUCUGAGGCUCUGAAUAGCAGCUAAUCAAGUAUUCAGUUUUCAGGCUUAUCUUUCAUCUGUCUAGCUGCAAAAUGGUUCCUUUGCUUUGAAUAUCUUGAACUUGAAAUCAGCGAGAGAUCAGAUGUCGUACGACGACGUAGAGAUUGAGGACAUGGAAUGGAACGAGAAGCUCCAGGCCUUCACGUAUCCCUGCCCCUGCGGAGACCUCUUCCAGAUCACCAAGGAAGAACUCCGUUUGGGCGAAGAAAUCGCUCGGUGCCCUAGCUGUUCUCUUUACAUCACCGUCAUCUAUAAUACGGAAGAUUUCGCCGAUUCCAAUCGCAAGAAUAAGAAUAUCGAACCUCCCAAGCGACAGCCGGUUGCCGUCACUUGAAAAUCUCCCGGAGAGCGAAAUUUGAUUCCUUUUCUUUUUUUCCCUAAGAUUUUUGUCAUUUUCCUAUUGGCUCAAUUGUCGUUAAGGUAUAUUUGUUGGGCGGCAAUGAUAAUUUCGUUAGAGUUGUAUUUUUUUUUCCCGUGAAAUGGAGGAAAUAGGGAGGCCAUAUAUGUAGCUUGAUGGUGAGAAUUGGUUUUAUUGUUUGUUGAGUGUAUUUAUACGGAUAUCAGUUGAAAUAGAAUUAUUUUCGAGUUUGUGAUUUUGGAAGUUUAGCAUGUUCAAUAUUGUGAUCAAGCCCUGUGAUUCUCAA